AUGGCUAUGGCGGGUGCAGAAGUUUUAAAAGAGGACAACUCAAGUAAUGUACAGAUAACAUUUUCUACUGAACCUGCAAAUAAAGUUGAAUCAUCCUCCACAAGGCGUUGUGAUAGUGCCCUAGAAUAUAAAAUCUUGAAACAAAUAGAAUUCUAUUUCUCUGAUGCGAACAUUUUGAAAGACCAAUUUAUACUGAAGGCUGUUAAAUCUAAUAAAGAAGGCUGGGUGAAACUCUCCAUAGUUGCUGCAUUCAGACGCGUGCAAGUUUUGACUUCGGAUGAAGAUCUUAUACGUAAAGUGCUUCAAAGAUCUGAGCAACUGGAAGUUUCUGAGGAUGGUACUCGAAUUCGGCGACGAAAUCCACUUCCUGAAUGGGAUAAAUCGGUUUAUCAAAGAUCAGUGCUUAUAACACAUUUCAAGCCGAACGAACUUGUUACAAUAAGUCAGAUAGCAAAAUUUUUCAAGGCUCAUGAUCUCUGCGUUACUUUGGUUCGCAUCAUCGAUACGAAGAGACCGAUCCCCUCUGAUCUUAUAAAAACCGCUAAUCAUCUGGGUUAUCUCGGAAAGGAGAAGUGUGCUGUCGUCGAAUUUGACACCAAAGAAGCUGCUAUGAAAGCCCUUCCUUUGACUCAAGCACUUUUUCCGGACACUUUUGCCACUCUCUGCCAAGUAAAGAUUAAGCCAAAUAAGAAAGAAAAUUUCCUAUCUACGGCCACUAAUAAUGCUACUAAUGGAAUAAUUCAGCGACCACAGAUCUCGUUAAAGUCAAAGUAUAGUGAUGUGAGGGUUCAACUGAUUAGAGAUCCAGUUGCUCCGGCUACAGAAGAUUGUGUGGGCUUUGAGCGUACUUGGAGAGAAUCCUUGCGUUUGGAAAGGCUGAGUGUUCAGGGGACUUUAAACUUACCUGCAACACCGACAACAAAUAAUAACGGCCAAAAUGGUAAUGAGGACUUAGAGGAAGAAGAUGAUUUAUUCUUUACCCCUAUUGCACCCUCCCCAGUUGCUGGACUGCAUGAUCCAUCACAGCCACCCAUAGUGCCAGCUCCGUCCAUUGAUGUUUCCCGGAAAUCCACGCAUCUCCUCAUGUUCGACGAUGCCAUUGCUUUCAUGAGUCCUACCAAAUCGUCCGAGUAG